AUGGCACUUGGUUCGUCUGCACCUGAAAUUUUACUAUCAAUUAUUGAGGUAAUAGGGAAAGGUUUUAAUGCGGGUGACUUGGGACCAAAUACAAUUGUUGGUUCUGCAGCUUUUAACUUAUUUAUGAUAAUUGCAAUUUGUGUAAUAGCUGUGCCAAGUAAUGAAAUUCGUCGACAGAAACAUUUAGACGUAUUUUGUGUCACAGCAACUUGGUCUUUAUUUGCUUAUAUCUGGAUGUACUUGAUUUUAUCAGUAUUCUCACCAGGUGUAAUUGAAAUAUGGGAAGGUUUAUUAACAUUCCUAUUUUUUCCAAUUACUGUAUUCACUGCUUAUGUAGCCGAUAUUAAAAUUAUACAGAAACGCUUCUUACCUCACCGAUAUCGAAGAACAGCUCACGGAUUAAUUGCUACUGAGGGAGAAGAAAUGAAAAUUCUGGGGGCAAAUGGUGAUAUUAACGUUAAUGAAAAUGUUGAUCCAGCAGUGAGAGCUUUUGAAGAAAAUCGAAAAAUGUUUAUUGAAAUUAUGCGCGAAAUCAGAAAAAAGAAUCCUCAAAUCAGCCCGAUUGAAUUACAAAAACAAGCCGAAUAUGAAGUGAUCAAUCGCGGGCCAAAAUCUCGCGCCUUUUACCGAGUUCAAGCAACUAGACGAUUGGUAGGUGGUGGUGAUGUUAUCAGAAGACGUAUUGAUAAAGAGCGUCAUAAGUGUACUGAAGCUCUAGUCCAAGAGCAUGAAAAGCAGUCUAGAGCACAUACUAGUAGAAUAUUUUUCGAUCCAGCACAUUAUACAGUACUUGAAAAUGUUGGCACAUUCGAUGUGAUCAUCGGUCGAGAUGGUGGCCCAAAAGAUCUCACUAUUAUGGUUGAUUACUGUACUGAAGAUGGAACUGCUAAUGCCGGAAGUGAUUAUGUUCCAGUUAAAGGAACCCUAAUAUUUUAUCCAGAUGAUAAAAUAAAAAAAGUAAGUAUAGAAAUAACUGAUGACGAUGUAUUUGAAGAGGAUGAGCAUUUUUAUUUUCAUUUAAAAAAUUUACGAGUACGAACUAAAGAUGGAUUGGUGUUAGAUCCAUUGCAACUUGGUGGCGUACCGUUAGCUGUGCUUGAAAUGCCUUCUACUGCAACCAUUAUGAUUUUGGAUGAUGAUCAUGCUGGAGUAUUCUCUUUUGAACAUGAUCAUUUUCAAAUUGUUGAAAAUUGUGGUUUUAUGUCGCUUAAAGUACAACGGAGUUCAGGAUGUCGUGGUAAAGUUGUUAUCCCAUAUAGAACAGUGGAUGGCACUGCCUUCCGAGGUGUGCAUUAUGAUUUUCAUGAAGGUGAAGUAACUUUUGAAGAUAAUCAAACUGACUGGAUUUUGAAGAGGAUUUAUCGAAAUCGUUGUAAUGGAUACCGAGCAGUACGAGCGUAUGGAUUACUUCUUUAUAGAACUUGGAGAACCAAUUUGGGUCAAAAAAAUGUCAGGCAAGUAAAAAAUAUCUAG